GGGUCCAAAAUAUAUAAGAAUUCAAAAUAUCUCCAACCAAAAAUGUCCACCGCCACACAGCCACGACCCCCACGUCUCCACCUCCUCCUCUUCACUCUCUCUCUCCUCACCACCCCACAGCCAUCCCACUCUCUCUCCUACACCCAGCUCCAGACCCUCCACUCCCUCGCCCUUUCCCUCACUACCCGCGUCGCCAACCUCCGCGCCUCCCGCGGCGACCUCGCCGGCUCGGACCGGGCCCGGCUCAUCGUCCGAAAGCUCGAGUCGGGCAUGGGCAUGGGCCUGGGGUUCUGGGCCGCCUCAUGGUCCCUGGGCUGGGACUACGUCAGGAACUACGCGUGGAGGGAUGCGGCGUCGUUUGACCUGCUCGGAGUCGUGUCGGACGCGAACGAGUUGCUGAGCUCACUCAACGACUUGAGUCAGAUGGAAUCGGAAGCCCAGAGGGUAGAUUGGGUUAUGCGAAAUUACCGAAGCGCCCUUAGGGUCUCUAAGUCCCUCUUUCAUAGACUCCUCAAGGUUUUUAGCCAAUCGGGGCCUUUGAGGAAAGUGGUGGAGACAGUGCAGAGAGAGGUGGUGGAGGGUGACUUGCUAAGGGAUUGCCUUGAGUUAGGGAGCAAUGACUUAAAGGGUUUGAUUCAAGUCUUCAAAGAUAUUGCUCUACAGUACUCCUCUACUUCUGGCAGAAGUGAUCUAUGAUUGAGAUUGAGAAGGUUCAAGACGGUGUUAGUGGCGCUCAUGAUCAAGUUUAUUCCCAAACUCACCAAGGAUCAUCUUGUGUAAGUCAUGAAAUAUAACAUUGGGGUAUGGGUAUUGACUUUCCCUUUUACAUGUAAUGGUGCAGACAGUUAGUGUUACUCGAUUGUGCUUUGAUAAUUCCGAUUUUGGGCUUCAAAGAAAUCCGAGAUCUUGUUGUUUUGUUGAUACUUGAAUCCACAAUUGUGUUAACCUAUAAAUUUGUUGUGUUGACUUUAGAUUUAAAAAAAAAAAAAAUGCAACUUUAGGUUGUGAUUAUCCAGAUAUAGGAAUUUAGGGAGUAAACACCUUCAUUCUUGUCAGACUGAAAUCAUUGAUUAACUAGCCCUCUGUCUUUUUUGUGAAUAAAAGUAAAGUGAAGAUGUGAUUUUGUACUCUUACACAUAGUGCCUACCCAUACACAGUGCUUUACUGCCUCCGCUAUCACAAGAAUCUUCACAGCCCUCACAUCCAGUUAGAGCCUUGUGGUAUGGGUGUUCACUUUCCACUUGACAUUCAAUGACCUGCUAGUUGCUAUUGUUUCUUAUUCACUUCUAGUUUGUUGGUCCUGCUUUUUGGUUCUUGUUGGUUUUGGUUUUGGCAUGGUUCAGUCAUAUGCUGGUCCUACUCUUUCUAUUCAUAUUGUGGUCUGCUGUUGGGUCAUAUUCUGGUUUCAUGUGGUUUGCUGGGUGGUUGUUGACGUGUAUCUCGGAUGAGUUACUGAUAACUUUUUUUUGCUGCUAUUGGUUUCUGCAUCGCUAUUGUUGCUGGUUUCUGUUUCUGUCGCUGAGGCUGCAGCAAUUUUUUGCUAGUUUGGGCUAAAAUCAGUUUGCUUUUCCUUUGCUUGCGCCAUGCAUUAAAAGGGGUAUUCCUCUUCUAGUCAGCAUGUCUGAGCCUUCAACUGCAUGCGUUAGUACUAAUGACUAAAAGCUUUUGCUGCAAGCUGAGCUGCUGAGCUCCACUUUCUAGACUCUUGCCCAAGUGAGGAUAGGUUGGGCUCAAGAGUCUUCCCCUUAGAUCUCGUUUUUGGAUGACACUAAGGGCGAUCCCUUAAGGUGACUGCUAGCACCUGAAGUGAAUUUUCAGGAUCCAGCAUUCAAUCCCAACGAAUGACUUAUUUAUUCAAUUAAAAAAAUAGAUGUUCUUUCAUAGAAUGGGUGGUUUAAUUGAAUAGGUUGAAACCUGUCUUCUUUUUUUAAAGCCCGAUUCCACAAUGGCGAUUCCUAUUCUGAUGGCUAGGAGAGGGCAACCUAUAUUAAGUCUGCUAUUAUCCAUUGUUCUUGAUUGUCUAUGAAAGCAUGGGAGCUAUCUCCAUACGUACUUUGUAUGUACUUGCACAGUUGCAUGGUUUAUAUUCUCAUGUCAAUUCUUCCUUGAAUGACUUGGGGUUCAAGAUGGUUCUAGUGGCAUCCCAGAUCAAGCUUCUCCCCGAACUAAUCAAGGAUAUCAUCUUUUGCAAGUCAUGAAAUACUAGAACUUUUGGGUAUGUAUUUUUUGAUUUUCUGUUUUUAUGCCUCGUGUCUUCAAACUUUACGUGACAACUUCCUUAUGUCUCUCUCAAUUUGAUUAAAUAAAACUUGAUUGAAGAAAUAUUUUCCUUUGGAUCAAAGUCAGUUUGACACAUUGGAACGUUAGAAAUUUUUUAAUGCACUCGCUAAUGACAUUAGUAUCCAAGAGCAUAUAUAGUAGCAAAAAUGACAUCACCACCCUUGUGACAGAACAUAAAUGCAAAAAGACUGGCUGCAGGAAUGACAAAAUGUUGUAUUCACCAAUAUUUGCUCCUCAAUCACUUGUACCCAAUAGCUUCUACUUUUAUUCACCAAAGCUAUCACCUGGUUGUUACCCACACACAGCCAUGUUUCCUUCUAAUUAUUUUUGAAGUUUCCUCCAUGUUUGGCAUGUUUGUCUCAUGAGGAAUUUUAAGUGUACAUUGAGUACUUGAAGUCCACAAUAUGUUAAAGGUUGAAAAUUAUAUUUAUCAUCUUUCUUUGUCAUUUUUA